ACACUUCUUCAAUGAUCAUAACGUAACGGAGACUUUUUACAAAAAAUAUUAUUUGUCGUUUUCGUUAAAACUGGUGAAUAAAAUAAACAAAUAAUAAAAUAUUGUAAAUUAAACAAAUAUAUAUAUAUUUAAGCAAAAAAUUAAAUUUGUUUAUAUGUAAUAAAAACAUUAUUUCAGAUGACUAAAUAUAUUUGUGUAAAAAUUUUUUUAUCUAACAUUAUAUACAAAUUCUAGUGCUUAAUUAUUAUUAUACUUUUUGUUUGUUUUUUGGGAAAUUUCUAAAACGUCAGUAUAAACGUCAAAGUGAAAAGCGGGUUUUUUUUUGUGUGUUAUAUAUGUUAGAAAAAGUAGAUAAAUAUAAUUAAACAAAAAAGAAUUAACAGCUGCUUUAGCAACAAAAGAAGUUAUUGUGCCUUUUAAAAAUUAUACAUAAAAAAAUUCCAAAUUAUUUAAAUAAAUUAUACACAAAUAGACAAACAAAUAACAAACUACAAUAACAUAUAUAUAUAUAAAUAAAUUGUAUAAUUAAUAGAAAUUAUUAUUGCAAUUAAUUUGCAAACAAAAACCACAAAAAGAAAAAAAUAUAAUAAAAACAUCAACGACCAGUCUUCGUUUAAAUGGCUGCUAGUUAGUUGACUGCGAUUAGCAAAUCGUUUAACACCACACACACGCUAUUAUAUAUUAAAAAAAUAAAUAAAUAUUAUAAAAUUCCAUUAAACCAGAAACCAAAAACAGACAAGACACCUCUGCCAAAAAUCGGCCAGAGUUAGUAUAACCAAAAAAGUAAAACAAUUGCUUCGAUUAUUGCCAAAAAAAACGACAAACAAUAUCAUCUCUCUAUAUAUCAUCAGCAGUAACACCAUUGUGUGUGUUUGUCUUGAUACUCCCCUCCUCGGUCGUCAAAAACAAACCCACAUUCAAGAGACAUGGCGCAAUAUUUAACACUUUUGUCAGUUCUUUUACUUAUUGCUGUCUUCAAUCCGAUAGUCUGUCCCAGUAGUCAAAUUUAUAAUGAAAGACGUGAUCGAGCACCCUAUAUAGAGUCUAAUGAACAUAAUCCACAAUAUCUGGGAGAUGCAGUUGGACCGUUAGGGAGUCGAUUUAGAAAACCGCCCUCCCAUAAAGAUAAUCAUGCCAGCUAUCGAAGUCAUGAACAAUUCGCCGCCUCACCGCCAGUUGGACAUGGCUACAACCCCACACAUAAUAAUGAACAGCAGCAUUCCAGCACAGAUUCUAUAGUCGAUAAAAAUAUACGUAGUGUAUUUACGACAAAUUUUGGACCUGGUUUAUAUUUAUUUAAAAAUACAGCACCAUUUGUCAAUCAAACUCAUUUUAAUUCAUAUGCUGAUCAAAUGAUUGGCGAUCAACCCGAUCCAUAUACACCACAAUCAUCAGCCUCAUCUAGCGAUAAGGAGUUCUUUAAGGUUCAAAGAAGUCCAAAUGGAAAAUUGAGUCUUGUCUAUAAUGAAGAUUAUGUACCAAAAGAGGAGAAGAAUAACACAAAUCAUAAUACUACUGUUAAUCAGAAUAGUAGCUCGCAUAGUAAUGAAAGUUUCGAAAAUAGAUUUCAAACUCAUUUUCCCGGUGGACUUCCUUUGACGAAAGAUAAAAUUGAAACCUCACCAUCGUCUGUGGAUUAUACUCGAACUCAAGAUAGAAUAGUUCAUUUCCCCACCGAAGAACCCGAACCUGAAACUGAAAAAACCGUCGUGAAAAGAAAAGAACUUGUCGAUACCAAUGACUGUUUGGAAAAGGAUGCCAUCAAUGGCAAACCAUUUUGUACUCAGCUACGUAAUUAUCCCGAGAAGUCACAUUUGGAACAGAUUAUCAAACAGAGAUUCUCGAAUUUAGAAUCAUUCUUUGGUGAAGAUUUGGUUUUGCCACAAAACAUAAGUCAACGCAUGAAUAACGAACCAAAUGAAGAGUUUCUGUGUAAGAGUCGUGUUCGAGUUAUUUAUCCUCAAGCGGGUGUUGAUAGGGAAUAUAAUUGGUUGGUUAUAGUAAAUAUUCCUAAAUAUAAACAGGGUAUACGUAUAGAGGAGUGUGUUAAUGAGGGCUCCACCUGUGGCGAAAAUACUGGUCUAAGUUUACCCAAUCGCUAUACCGCUACGUGUAAACAGAGUUACAUUUAUCGCUCUUUAGUCGCCUAUACAAGUGAUGAUACCGUUAUAAAAGAACAGUUUAAAAUGCCUUCCUGUUGUAAAUGUGUUCUGAGAACUGAGGUCUGACUGGGGUCCUUAUAAAAGGUAAUGGGGACCUCAGUAGUAUGUUGCCGUUUUUUUUAAUUCGAACUCAAAAUGUGAUUUAAGAAACCCAAACACUCACAGGAUGGAUGGCAGGCCAAACUGUCCAUUACUUUAGAUCUUAAAUAAAAAAUUUAGUUUAAAAUAAUAUUUUCUUUGUAGAGAUUGUUAAAUGAGUAUUUUAAAUUGUUAAAAAAAAAGUUAUUUGUAUAAAUAUUAAAGAAAAUUUGACAAAAUGCUUAGUUGGUAUAACUAAUAUAUUUGUAAAGAAAAGUUAGAUAUAAUUAAUUAUAUAUAAAAUAAUAUUUGUUAAUAAUAAAUUCUAAGUAUAAAACUAUGAUGUUUCCAAUUGUAAUUUUAUAAAUUUAAAUUAAAUUAUUUUAAAGAAUUUCUUUUAGUUUAUGUAUUAAACAUUUAGAAAAAAGGAAUUCUAAUUUUAUGAAAAUAAUUAAAACAGAUUCCUGCAAUACUCGAUGAAAGUGCGAAAAAAGUCUUUUAACAUGAAAUUUCAGAAAUUUAUUAAUAACGUUUUAAGAAAAUAAAAUAAGAUUUUAAAUAAGAAUUGUAUAAAAAUUGUUAAAAAUAUUUUAAAUACAAUUGGAAUGGUAUCUACAGUUAAAAUGUUAAGUUAUUAUUUUAUCAGUAAAAAUUUAUUUUAAACAUCUCGUUAGACAAUCAAAUGUCUGACAAACUUAAUUUUUUACAGAUCAAGUAUCAUCACUUGCCAUAUUGUUGAUAUAUAUGUAUUUCCUGUGCGAUUUUUCCUUUAAGUUAAAUAAAUUAUAUUGCAAAAUUCAA